GUCACGUGACCGGGCGCCCCGCCUCUUGUCGUCCAGUCCCAGAGGUGCUGUUUGGAGUUAGCUACAGGGACCCCGGGUUCAUUCGGUAACCCCGGCGCAGCGGAGCUUCUGUCGCAGCGGCAGUCGCGCGGGUGAGCAGCGCAGGGCCCUGCGGCGCGGCGGAGGGCGCUGUCCGCGUCCCCGCGCCGCGGCUCUGCUAGGGACGGAGCGCCCCGGGUCGAGGCACCAGGGCCCUGCGAGGUGCGAGGCCCACGGGGUUGGGGUCUGAGGCUUGGGCUCUGCCUGGGCCGCGCGGACCCUGAAGUGGGUGAGGCGGCCCCGGGAGCAUGAGCGGGCAGCGCGUGGACGUCAAGGUGGUUAUGCUGGGCAAGGAAUACGUGGGCAAGACGAGCCUGGUGGAACGAUACGUGCACGACCGCUUCUUGGUGGGGCCCUAUCAAAACACCAUCGGGGCUGCUUUCGUGGCCAAGGUGAUGUGCGUUGGAGAUCGGACGGUGACUCUGGGUAUUUGGGACACAGCAGGUUCCGAGCGAUACGAAGCCAUGAGCAGAAUCUAUUACCGGGGUGCUAAAGCUGCGAUUGUCUGUUAUGACCUCACAGACAGCAGCAGCUUUGAGAGAGCCAAGUUCUGGGUUAAGGAGCUGCGCAGUUUAGAAGAGGGCUGUCAAAUCUACCUGUGUGGCACUAAGAGUGACCUGCUGGAGGAGGACAGGCGGCGCCGUCGUGUAGACUUCCAUGACGUUCAGGAUUAUGCUGAUAAUAUCAAAGCCCAGCUCUUUGAAACAUCCAGCAAGACAGGACAGAGUGUGGACGAGCUCUUCCAGAAAGUGGCAGAGGAUUACGUCAGCGUGGCUGCUUUCCAGGUGAUGACAGAGGACAAAGGUGUGGAUUUGAGCCAGAAGGCAAAUCCUUACUUCUACAGCUGUUGUCAUCACUGAGUCAAGACUCAUCUGGCCCAGUCGAAUUAGAUGAAUUCCCAGAGGGGCUGGACCCAACUCUUGUCUGGGCUGGUCAAGCGUCUGAGCUACUCCAGGUGCCUAUCAGCAGAGGUGGCACCUGCCUGUGCUGGCCCGUGGAACGGAGGCAGUAUUGGGCUGACUGUGGGCAUGAGGAGGGAUAAGGGCUGAUUUGAAUCCCAGGCUUCUGUCCUGGCCAGAACUUCUGUCCAGACUAUUUAAGUAGCUUCUGAACUGUAAAUAAAAUUGAUGCAUUUCCCUGUUGUGUGCA